AUGAGUUUUAUGCCAAUCAACCCGCGGCCCAUGCUGCAAGACCUGGUCAACAAGGACAUUGUCGUGCGCCUAAAGUGGGGCGAGACCGAGUACAAGGGCAGACUGGUGUCGACCGACAGCUACAUGAACAUUCAGCUCACCAACGCGCAAGAGUUCAUCGACCAAAAGUUCACGAGCGACCUGGGCCAGAUUCUGAUCCGGUGCAACAAUGUGCUGUGGAUCAAGGCUGCCGAUGCCGGCGAGGGGGACGUCAAGAUGGAAGGUUGA